CCCUCCCGAAAGCUGGGCGAGGGGACCAUCCCUGGCUGUGAGCUCUCUGCGGUCGUCGGGUGCAGGCCACCAUGAGCAAACGGAAGGCGCCGCAGGAGACGCUCAACGGGGGCAUCACCGACAUGCUCACAGAACUCGCAAACUUUGAGAAGAACGUGAACCAGGCCAUCCACAAGUACAAUGCCUACAGAAAAGCAGCAUCUGUGAUAGCAAAGUACCCACACAAAAUAAAGAGUGGAGCAGAAGCUAAGAAACUGCCUGGAGUAGGAACAAAAAUUGCUGAAAAGAUUGAUGAGUUUUUAGCUACUGGAAAAUUGCGUAAACUGGAAAAGAUUCGGCAGGAUGAUACGAGUUCAUCCAUCAAUUUCCUGACUCGAGUUAGUGGCAUUGGUCCAUCUGCUGCAAGGAAGUUUGUAGAUGAAGGAAUUAAGACAUUAGAAGAUCUCAGAAAAAAUGAAGAUAAAUUGAACCAUCAUCAGCGAAUCGGGCUAAAAUAUUUUGAGGACUUUGAGAAAAGAAUUCCUCGUGAAGAGAUGUUACAAAUGCAAGAUAUUGUACUAAGUGAAGUUGAAAAGGUGGAUUCUGAAUACAUUGCUACAGUGUGUGGCAGUUUCAGAAGAGGUGCAGAGUCCAGUGGCGACAUGGAUGUUCUUCUGACCCAUCCAAGCUUUACCUCUGAGUCAACCAAACAGCCAAAGUUGUUACAUCGUGUUGUGGAGCAGUUACAGAAGGUCCAUUUUAUUACAGACACUCUGUCAAAAGGGGAAACAAAGUUCAUGGGUGUUUGCCAGCUUCCCAGUAAAAACGAUGAAAAGGAAUAUCCACACAGGAGAAUUGAUAUCAGGUUGAUACCCAAGGAUCAGUAUUACUGUGGUGUCCUCUAUUUCACUGGGAGUGAUAUUUUCAAUAAGAAUAUGAGAGCUCAUGCCCUAGAAAAAGGCUUCACAAUCAAUGAAUACACAAUCCGUCCCUUGGGAGUCACUGGUGCUCCCAGGCCCUCAGUUGAAGGCCCAUGGUGACAAGAUUCAUUUAUUUCCAGCUCUGUUAGAAUGGAUUGAAUUCUUUCUACUUCUGAUGGUCAGUAAAUAAUCUUAUUGAUCUAAAGUGUUUUUGUUUUCUUAAAUGUAUCUCCGAGACUUCCAAAGAACCCAGGUAUUAUUGCUGUUAGUGCCAGGCCAAACUUGGUAGCUUUGGUCCCAAGCUUUUAAAGUUUCAAGAGUAAGAAUUGCUUAAUCUCUGUUUUAUAGAUCUUGUUAACAUUUCACAGUAUACUAUGUGGUUUACUAUUCUCUCCUAAGAAGAUGAAGAUUUUGUCUUUUUGUCCUACAGGUGUUUUUCAUCCCUGGUAGAUGAGGGCUGUGCUUCUCACAUGUCAGUGUGUAUACAAACCAUGUGAGAACCUCGUUAAAUGCAGGUUUUAGUUCAGUGGGCUUCUGCAUUGCCAGUAAGCUGCCAGGUGGGGCCAGUACUGCUAGUCCGGGGACCGUAUUUUGAGUUGCAAAGGAACUCACUAGAGUAUUGUCUCUAAUACGGUGGAGAUCCAGCAGACAGAAAAAUCUUGGAUUAGGGCCACUUCAGAUGGCCAGAGUUGGGAUCCUGAGGUUCUUUGUGUAGCGCCGGUAAUAUGUGUGGCAAAGCACAGACACACGCUCAUGGGGGAGGGGGAGGGCGGUCAAUAUCUUUUUGUUUUUUUGAGUGGCUUGGGGACUGUUUUCUUCUUCCUCUGAAAGGGAGUCCUGUGUAGCUCUCAGUCCUGAAACCUCUGAACUCCAGAACUGGUUCAUGAGGAAGGUUCUGUUCUCCCUCCUUGCAGGAGUUGCUGGAGAGCCGCUGCCCGUGGAUAGUGAGAAGGACAUCUUUGACUACAUCCAGUGGAAAUACCGAGAACCCAAGGAUCGAAGUGAAUGAGGCCCGUCCUCCCCGGCACAGCCCAAU